UAUGUAUCUAAGCUGGAUUCAUCUCUUCCAGAGCCAGGGAAGAUGAGAGUCAACAUGGAACAGGCCUCGAUGCAGCCCCGCUUACCCCAUCAUGUGACAACCAAGAAAAGGGCUUGGACAGUGGAGGGUUUUGCGAAGCGAUCAGCUUUGCCUCAGAAGUUUCUGGAAUUCUGUGGGAGUUUUCCAAUCUAUACCAUUGAACAAACCUCGAUAGAUUUUAAUGUGAGCUCGUUCAGUAGAGGUCAUGGCCGUUAUAGAAGGAGUGGACCCAAUACGACCCCACAUACAUUUAAGAAUUUUCCCACAUGUAGUUAUGAAGGUAUGAUAAACAUGGGGAAGUGUUUGAAGAAGGCGAUUGACGAGGAGAAGAAGAAUGGCCACCAUGUCAAUCGUAAACUGGAGUGCAAAUUUGAAGUACAUCUUUGCUAUUACGUGGUUGACUGCUUGCCUAACGGUCAAGGAUAUUAUACGUGUACAAAAGUAGACCACAUGUUCAAUUUCCUCGGAUUUUGCUGUAAUAUGAUAUGUGAUGAAAAAAAAUAG